AUGGACGGUUGCCUGUUUCAUCUGGUCAAGAACAUGAAGGCGAAACUCUCGGACCUCGGGCUGCUCCGGCGUUACAAGCAGGACGCUGAAUUCGCCUUGCUCGCCCGAAUGAUUCCGGCCCUUGCAUUCAUCCCGCCGCCGCAUAUCGAUGACGCUAUCAGCGAACUGGCGCCUGAGUUGCCCGAAGAACUGAUGCCGGUGCUAAAUUACUUCGAAGGCAACUACGUUGGGCGUUGGCGAUUGGCUGUUGGUCGAGAAGUAGUUCGCGCUCCGGCUCGCUCUCCGAUCUCCAUGUGGUCCGUGUACCAACGUACACUCGACGGCGAAGCUCGGACCAAUAACUACGCUGAAGCCGCGCACCAGCGCUUACAGGGCGAGUUUGUAGUUGACCAUCCGAGCCUCUGGAAGUUCAUCGAUGGAAUACGGAAGGUCCAACAGAGCCGAGAUGUCACCUAUGCUAGGUUUGUCGCGGGCCACGAGCCAGAAGCCAAACGCAGCAAAUACGUCGCUGCCGACGACAGAAUCCUCAAGAUUGUCAGAGAAUUCGGUCAGAGGCCGACGACUUACUUGCGCGGGCUUGCUCGGAACUUCAGGGUGGAGGCGUCGAACGGCGUGUCGCAAGCUGCUCCUGAGACUCCUCCUCCGGAAUAA